GCAGAAGGAAGGAACUUUCGCAUCGUCUCUAACAUAACGGAACUUGUGACAGUGUUAGUGUAUAGUGUGAAGUGCAACAUGUACUGAGUGUCACGUGCAAUGGUGGGGUUGUGGAUUUUCGCCGUAGGAUUGGCGGUGUCUUCCGGUGUGAUCGCUAAAAGUCAAGGAUCUGGGUCCAAGGGGUGGAAAGGGUGGGCUGCUCUCACUGCUGUACCAGAUGGCUCCUCCACGUGUGGGCCCGGUAUGUUUCGCUGCAGUGAGGGCAAGUGUAUAUCCAGCCAUGACGUCUGUAACUACCAAAAAGACUGCGAAAAAGGGGAAGACGAAUUUCAAGCAUGUCCUCCCCCAGACUGUGAGAGUGGUCAGUUAUCGUGUGGUCAGUAUGUAUGGAACAAGACGUACUGCAUACCACCACAACACCGGUGUGAUAUGACCGUGGAUUGUGUGGACGGCACGGACGAAGCUGACUGCACUUACCGCAAGUGCCAGCCGGACGACUUCCACUGUUCAGAGGCGCAUGGCGGAGGACCCUGUCUGCCCAAGGAGAAGCGGUGUGACGGCUACUACGACUGCCGCAACGGUCGUGACGAGGAGGGCUGCGGCGCAGACCACGGCACGUCCUGCGCAAUAACACAGUUCCGCUGUGCCAACGGACAACGCUGCGUAGAGACGUUCCUCAAGUGUAACCAUCGCAAUGACUGCGGCGACAACAGCGAUGAGGAGGGAUGCAAUUUCCCAGCCUGCCAUGGAGGUCAGUUCAGGUGUGCCAACGCCCUCUGUAUUCCACUGAGCUACCAUUGCGACGGCUACAGAGACUGUGUGGAUGGCAGUGACGAGGCUAACUGCACGGCGAUUGCAUGUCCUGAAAACAAGUUCCUGUGCCCUCGCGGAGGGCCCAACAAUGUUCCUAAGUGCAUCUCGCGCGCUCAACUCUGUGAUGGCAAGAAGGACUGCGAGGACGGAGCUGAUGAGAAAAAUGCAUGUUCAACCAGUAACUGUGCCUCGCUCAACUGCGAGUACAAGUGCCAAGCUUCGCUCAACGGAGGAACCUGCUACUGUCCCGAGGGGCGUAAAAUAUCCAACGACACUCGGACAUGCAUUGACCACAAUGAGUGUGAAGAGUGGGGCUUCUGUGAUCAACGCUGUACAAACACCCAAGACUCUUACACUUGCUCCUGCUUCCCGGGCUACCAGCUGGUCGACAAAUCCAGGUGUGUGUCUCCCAACUCAGAAAAUCUGCAGGUUCUGUUUGCUCACGAUCGUUCUGUCUACCGCAUGGACUCGCACGGCCGCAAUCAGCAGCUCGUCGCAAACACCACGGCUGCCAGCGGACUGGACUACCACUUCACCAAGAACCUUCUGUACUGGACUGACACAAAGACGAAGAAGAUACACAGCCAGAUCCUGCAAGAACCGAAGGGACCAGCACCGUACCAGCAAGUGCCGGAUGACAUCCAGCUGCCCGGUACUUGGUCUCCGGUGGCACUGGCCGUUGACUGGGUCGGAGACAAGCUGUAUGUGGCAGACUCUGUCGGACAGAAGGUGGACGUGUUUGAGUGGAAUGGCCGAUGGCACGCGAUUGUCCUGAGUAGCAACCUCACUAGCCCGGCAGAUAUUGCUUUGGACCCUACAUCUGGAUACAUGUUCAUAGCAGACAGCAACCAAGUUCUGAGAGCAAACAUGGACGGAACCAACACCAAAGCUAUCGUGUCCGAGGCGGCCUACAAGGCGUCAGGAGUGGCCGUCGACAUCCUUGCGAGACGUAUAUUCUGGUGCGACUCACUACUCGACUACAUUGAGACUGUUGACUACAACGGAAACUACAGGUUCCUCAUACUCAGAGGACAACCAGUGCCAUCUCCAUCGCGCCUGGCAGUGUUUGAGAACCGCAUCUACUGGUCGGACGGCACCAAGCAGGGCAUUAUGAGUGUGGACAAGUACGAUGGAGCCAACAGCAUCCAGGUCGUUUACAAGAACAAAGAGGUGCGAGAACCUAAGGCGGUGAAGAUUGUUGACACACUGGUACAAAGACAUGCUCGCAAUCCCUGUGGUACUCGCAACGGAGGUUGCCAACACAUGUGUGUUGUGACGGCCAGCUCAGAAGAAGGAGGUCUUGGCUACCGUUGUGCAUGUCACAUCGGCUACCGUCUGUCGUCCGAUCUCCGUAACUGCAACCUGGUGGAAGACUUCCUGCUGUACUCCCAACAAAGGUUCAUCAAGGGUAGAGUGAUAGACCCGGUGGUAGAAGGGUUCAGCGAUGCGAUGCUCCCCUACGUGUCCCGACGUGCUCGCUUUGUCGGGCUAGACUUUGACGCUAGUGACAACUACAUUUACUACUCUGACGUUCUACAAGAUGUUAUCUACAGGAUACACCGCAAUGGCACAGGUCGAGAGAUUGUCCUCGCCUCACAGAACGAAGGAGUGGAGGGAUUAGCAGUUGACUGGGUAGCCAAGAACCUAUACUAUAUCGACAGUCGCAAAGGCACACUCAAUGUACUGAGCACUCGCAACGUCACCUUCCGACGAACACUGCUGAAGAAUCUCAAGAGGCCGCGAGCUAUAGUUGUACAUCCCAAUAAAGGCUUCAUAUUUUUCUCGGAGUGGGAUCGACCUGCCAACAUCAGCAGAGCUCACACUGACGGGAGUAACCUCAUAGUAUUCCGUAACGUGACUCUCGGCUGGCCCAACGGACUGUCUGUGGACUUCCGAGCAGAUCGUCUCUACUGGUGUGACGCUUUGCUGGAUCAUGUGCAGCACAGCAAUCUGGAUGGGUCAGACGUACGGACGAUCUCUAGUAGACUUAUCCGACAUCCGUUCUCAAUUGUCAUCUACAAUGACUGGAUGUACAUCACAGACUGGCGACUGGACGCAAUCAUCCGGCUGCAUAAACUGAGCGGAGACAAGGAGGAGAUCCUGGUGCGAGAGUCGCAGAACAACCGUUUGUACGGAGUCAAGGUGUACGCCAAGAGCGAACAGGAUGCAGACAACAGCCAUCCCUGCUACAACAACAAUGGCGGCUGUCAGAAACUCUGCUUUGCUGUCCCCUCCCCGACCAAGACUGGAAUUGGCUCAACACUUAAGGUGCAUUGUGGGUGUCCUUACGGAGAGAAACUAGACCCGUCAGGCGAUGGACGCACUUGCAUCUCCGACCCGGAGGCUGAACCACCCGUGACAGCGUGUCCUAACAAAUGGGACUUUACCUGCAACAACCAGCGCUGCGUACCCAAGGCUUGGGUCUGUGAUGGAGAUGAUGAUUGUCUCGACAACUCUGACGAGGAGCAGAACUGCACCAAGCCAACGUGUGCACCAGGAGAGUUCCAGUGUUCUUCAGGACGAUGUGUUCCUAUGACUUUCCGCUGUGAUUCGGAGAAUGAUUGCGGCGACUACAGUGACGAAACAGGUUGCGUAAAUGUAACCUGUUCCUCGUCACAGUUCCUUUGCGAAAACGGCAGAUGCAUACCUUCUACUUGGAAAUGUGACUCGGAAAACGAUUGUGGUGAUAGUUCUGACGAGGGAGAUUUCUGCGCAGAGAAAACGUGCGCUUACUUCCAGUUUACUUGUCCGAGAUCUGGCCACUGCAUUCCUCAUUCCUGGGUCUGUGAUGGAGACAACGAUUGUUUUGACAACCAAGAUGAAGAAGGAUGUCCACCAAUCACAUGUUCCGCUACACAGUUCAAGUGUGCAGAUCUGCGUCAGUGUGUGCAAGAGACCUACAAGUGUGAUGGAAUCCUCGACUGUAAUGACGGAAGUGAUGAACUCGGAUGUGCUACUCUUGCCCCCAACACUUGUGACAGUGAGAAGCAGUUCAAGUGUGAGAAGUCUGGCAUCUGCAUCCCCAAGGCUUGGCACUGCGAUGGCACUCCUGACUGUGAUGACGAGUCUGAUGAACCUCCUACAUGUGGGGAGGUGGCGUGCCAGAUGGGCUACUUCAAAUGCAACAACUCCCAGUGUGUAUUCAAGGCGUAUAUCUGUGACGGCCGGGAUGACUGCGGAGAUGGGAGCGAUGAAGAUGAGAGACACGCUUGCAAAUCUCCAGGCAUCAGAUGUGAGUCGGAUGAGUGGAAGUGUCCGGGAGUCACGGACCGCUGUAUCAAACUGUCCGGAGUUUGCAAUGGGAAGCCGGACUGUCCGAACGGAGCUGAUGAAGGUCCAGGAUGUGACCUGAACGAAUGUGGGCAGAAGUCUGGACAGUGCUCAAACGGAUGUGUGGAAACCCCAGUUGGUGCUCUAUGUACGUGUCCCCACGGUGAGACUCUGUCCAACGACACCGUCACGUGCCAGGACGUUGACGAGUGUUCUCCGCCAGGCUUGUGUUCACAAGUGUGUACCAACACUAAGGGUAGUUACGUCUGCACCUGCAAUGACGGAUACCUACUGGAGAGGGACAACCACACUUGCAAAGCUCUCAACCACAGUGCAGCCUUCUUGAUCAUCUCCAACCGUCACUCAAUCCUGAUCGCAGACCUAAAGGACCAAGGACUAGAGAGAGUGCCGAUAGUCGUGGAGAACGUUGUCGCCACAGCCUCCAACAUGCACACUGGCACCAUCUUCUGGUCGGACAUGAAGCUCAAGAAGAUCUCUCGACUGGACCGUGGUAGCGAACCGCAAGUGGUGAUAUCCACUGGACUUGACUUGGUAGAAGGACUAGCCUACGAUUGGGUGGGAGGCAAUCUUUACUGGCUAGACUCUCGUCUGAACUCCAUCGAAGUGGCAACAGAAAACGGUUCUAACAGAGUUGUUCUGCUGAAAGAAAACAUCACACAGCCGCGAGGAAUGAUGCUUGACCCCAGUCCUAAUGCUCGUUGGCUUUUCUGGACUGACUGGGGAGAGAACCCCCGUAUCGAGAGGGUGGGUAUGGAUGGAACCAACCGAUCUGUCAUCAUCAGCACCAAGAUCUACUGGCCCAACGGUCUGACUUUGGACAUUGCCAACCAGAGGAUCUACUUUGCAGACUCCAAGCUAGACUUUAUAGAUUUCUGCAACUACAACGGCAGCGGACGACAACAGGUGGUGGCUGGUAGUCAUUAUCUGUUGCAUCCACACUCUAUCACGGUCUUCGAGGACACUAUUUACUGGACAGAUCGUCAGCUGAAUAGAGUACUGUCAGCGCACAAGUUCCGAGGCAAGAACCAGACAGUGGUUUCCCACCUGAUUUCUCAGCCCCUCAGUAUCCACGUACAUCAUCCCUCGCUGCAGCCCAAGUCCCCCAACCCUUGUCUUGACCCUCGCUACCCCACGUGCUCUCAGCUCUGUCUGCUCUCUCCGUCCGAUCCUCAAGGGUUCACCUGCAAGUGCAAACCGGGCUUCCGCGUUGAUGGAUUCAGGUGUAUUGAAGAGGAGACCUCGUUCCUGGUGUUGAUGAAGGGUAUGCAGAUCGUAGACGUGAGUCUGACUCCAGGAGACAAGACCAGCGGGUAUCUCACUCCCAUUGUCGGCAUUGAGAAUGGAAUACAGAUUGAGUUUGACCGCAAGAGCGAGAUGCUGUUCUGGGUCGAAGGCAAGGAGGAUGACGAUGAAAAUUGCACAAUUUACACAACUCCAUACCGUGGUGGGAACAAGACUGAGUUCUUGUCGAAGGAUUCUGGCAUGACAGGAGCGCCGUACGCAAUCGCAUUUGAUUGGCUUGGACGCAACCUGUACAUCGGGAACAGACUCGCCUCCAACUUGGAGGUUAUCAAGGUCGACGGAAAAGUCAAACAUCGUAAAAUCAUAUUGGCAAACAAUGGGAAACCAGAAUCUGUGGCAAAACCUAAGUCAAUGUGUCUCGAUCCUUCCAUGGGAAAACUGUAUUGGGUGGACGAAGGGGGUUUUGGAGUAUCCGCCAAGAUUGGUAAAGUGAACAUGGAUGGUAGUAACUCAAUGGUUUUGGUCAACAACAUUACUAGGCCUGAAGCGAUCACGAUAGACUUGGAUGAGAAACUUAUCUACUACAGUACUCAAUACCCUAGCAAGAUCAUAGUGAUCGACACAGACGGCAACUGGAAGCGAGACUUGCUGGAUGAACGGAACAGUAUCUCACUGCCCAAGGCGCUGGCAGUCUAUGACAAGAGACUGUACUACUUGGACCCGAGAUACGAGAGGCUGGAGAGGGUAGACAUUGCGACGGGCGACAACAGCAAGACCAUGAUCGACAAUGAGCCUGACCUCAAGACAUUCACUAUCUUUAGAAAGAGGCCUUUGACCAACCACCCCUGUAUGACCAACAACGGAGGCUGCUCCCAGCUGUGUAUCCCUACUGAGAACAACCAGAGGGAAUGCCAUUGCUCCAUCGGAUACAAGAAGGAAGAUGGAAGUUGUGUUGCGUACAAGACAUUCGCUGUCGUGUCUCAACUGGACAUCACUCGUGGGUUCAGUCUGGAGGACUCGUCUGAAGCCAUUGUCCCCAUCUCUGGCCCUGGCCACCAUAUCUUACAUGUGGACGUGCACUACCAAGAGAAGUGGAUCUACUGGGUGGACUUCAACCGAGGACCGUGGAACGGUAUUUACCGAGUGAGGCCGAACGGCACAGAACUCCAGGCGGUCAUAAAGGAUGGCAUCGGAUCUAACGGAAUACGAGGACUGACUAUUGACUGGAUCGCUGGAAACUUGUACUUCACCAACGUUUUCCCACACGAGAAUUACGUUGAGGUUUGCUGGCUUGACGGAUCCAACAGGAAGGUUAUCUACAAAACCACCUCAGAUGCACCCAAGGAGUUGGCUGUCAAUCCGAUCAAAAGGUACCUGUAUUGGAUAGACUACGGCCAGUACCCACGUAUCGGCAAGGCCUAUCUCGACGGACAGAAGUGGUCACCGAUAGUCACCUCGGGUAUCAGCACACCACGAGACCUCACAGUCGACAUGUUGACACACGACGUGUACUGGGUUGACGCUCGACUGGACAUGAUACAGAAGAUAUCUUACAACGGAGGAAACAGACAGGUGGUGCGUCGUAACCUACCGAACCCGAUGGGCAUUGCAGUACACAUGAGUGACGUGUACUGGGUGGACCGCAACCUACAGACAGUGUACAAGGCUUCCAAGCUACCUGGCAACACAGAUGCCGCCACUCCAGUUAGGACGGGACUGUCUAAACUGAGAGACAUUGUCAUUUACGACGUAGCCAACCAGCCUCCUGACGACAACAACCCUUGUAGACGCUUUGGUAACGGUGGAUGUGAACAGCUGUGUUUCUCCUACCCACAAGACAGUCUAACCUCGCUGGGCAGUUUCCAAUACAAGUGUGACUGCGCCACAGGGCAGAUCCUCAACGGACAACGGACCAAGUGCUCGACUGUGGACGAAUACCUGGUGUUUGCGACUCGGACUGAAAUUCGAGCUGUCAACUUAGAUCCUGCUUCAACCAGUGUACCCUUCAGGCCUCUAGGUAACCUCACGAACGUGGUGGGAGUGGACUUUGACUACGAGGACAAGAUGUUGCUGUUCACGCAGAUCCGUCCUUGGGCGCGCAUCGCCCAAGUACCUAGUGGCGAACCCAGCACUGACAAAGUCAAGCAGAUCAUCAACCGAGGGAUCAACCCGGAGGGUAUCGCUUACGACUGGACGCAGAAGAAGAUCUACUGGACGGACUCGAGCAACAACAGCAUCUACGCGAUGAACAUGGACGGAUCCGACUUGGUGAUGAUCGCCAGAGUGGAAAGGCCGAGAGCGAUUGUCGUCGAUCCUUGCAAUGGCUCGUUAUACUACACUGACUGGGGAAGGUUUGGCACGUCAGGUAAGAUAUUCCGCACCACGAUGGCUGGAAGUCUGAAACGAACGAUCAUUGAGCGAGAUCUGAGCCAACCGAGCGGACUUGCUAUUGACUUUGAUGAAAGAAUGUUGUAUUGGACGGAUGCAGUCAGAGAGAAGAUUGAAAGGUCUACGCUAACUGGACAAAACAGAGAGGUGUUAAUAUCAGCAACGAUUUACCCGUUCGCGAUCACUGUCCACCGCAACUACAUCUACUGGACGGACCUACAACUGAGAGGGGUGUACAGAGCUGAGAAGCACACAGGCGCUAACAUGGUGGAGAUGGUGAAGAGAUUAGAAGACUCUCCGAGGGACAUACAGGUUUACUCUGCGGAGAGGCAGAAAUGCACCGUCAACCCAUGCCAUAUCAACAACGGAGGGUGUGCCCAGUCGUGUCAUCCUGCGCCUAACAAUAUGGCUGAAUGCAAGUGCAACGACUCAACAAAACUAGUCAACGAGGGACGUAUGUGUGUGGCCAAGAACCUGACCUGUGAGCCUAACAAAUUCUACUGUGCCAAUGGCAAGUGCAUCUCUCGCAUGUGGGCUUGUGACGGAGAUGACGACUGCGGAGACAAUUCCGAUGAAGACGUCAACUACUGCACAUACCACUCAUGCAGUCCAAACGAGUUCCGCUGUAACAACGGACGAUGCAUAUUCCGCUCAUGGAAGUGUGACCAUGAGAAUGACUGUCGGGACGGAUCAGACGAGAUCGGCUGCAACUAUCCUCCCUGUACCAAGGGAGAGUUUACAUGUGCCAACAGCCGGUGUAUUCCUAUGACUCAGGUGUGUAACGGCAUGAACGACUGCAAAGACAACGUGACGUCGGAUGAGACCCACGAGAGAUGUGGCAAGAACACGACUUGCCCCGCUAACCACCUCAAGUGUGAGAAAACUAACAUCUGUGUGGAGCCUUACUGGCUGUGUGACGGGGACAACGACUGCGGGGACAACAGUGAUGAAGACCCCAUACAUUGCGCUCAACGUACCUGCCCCGCCAACAGCUUCAGAUGUCCCAACCAUCGCUGUAUCCCUGCCACCUGGUAUUGUGAUGGAGACGAUGACUGCGGCGAUGGAUCUGAUGAACCCCCAGAGUAUUGCAAGUCUGAAGGCCGCACCUGCUUUGGCGAUCUGUUCACUUGCGACAACGGAAACUGCAUACCUCGUAUCUACAUCUGCGACGGUGACAAUGACUGCAUGGACAACUCGGACGAAGAUUCCAGACACCAAUGCAACGAGCGCAAGUGUGAUGAAGAGACAGAGUUUACGUGUGCUGCCAACAAAGCGUGGGGCCGAGCGCAGUGUAUUCCCCGUAAGUGGGUGUGUGAUGGGGACCCAGACUGUGUUGACGGGGCUGACGAGAACACGACGGCUCUGAGCUGCCCCCCUCCCCCCACCUGCAGCCCCGACCAGUUCACGUGUGGCAACGGACGGUGUAUCAACAAGGGUUGGACCUGUGACCAUGACAACGACUGCGGUGACGGCACAGACGAAGGCAAGGACUGUCACUCUGUCUACAAGAACUGCACGGAGCUUGAGUUCCACUGUCAGAACUUCAAAUGUAUCCGAUCUACUUAUCAUUGCGAUGGCGAGGACGACUGUGGGGAUAACUCGGAUGAGUUUGACUGCAAGAAGGAAGCCAGUACAUGCCCUGAAGGCCAGUUCCAAUGCACCAACGGCCAAUGUAUCGACUACCGCCUGGUGUGCAACAAGGUGUCGGACUGCACAGACGACAGUGACGAGCCGCUUCACUGCAACGUGGACGAGUGUGCUCGGGUAGAGGUGCACCAAUGCGGUCACAAGUGUGUCAACACUCUCACAGGCUUCUAUUGCGAGUGCAACACCGGAUACAAACUCAUGGAAGACGGCAAGGCUUGCACUGACAUAGACGAGUGCAUAGAAACACCGGGAGUGUGUUCCCAAUACUGCAGCAACACCCCUGGUAGCUACUACUGCAAAUGUGAUGAGACUUACUACGAUCGAGCAUUGGACGAGCACUCGUGCAAGAGGCGCGACCGAACAAACCCCUGGCUGGUGUUCACCAACAAGUACUACGUGCGCAACAUGAGUCUGGACGGAACUCACUACGCCAUCGUACAACAGGAACUCAUGAACGUUGUGGCGCUCGACUUUGACUACCGGGAGAACUACGUCUACUACUGUGACGUCAGUGCUAAGACAAUAUUCAGGUCCCACAUCAACAAACAAGACAAGGAGCCUGUCAUCCGCCAUGACAGUCACGGACUGGAGGGCGUCGCUGUGGACUGGGUGGGACGGAAACUCUAUUGGUUGGACAGACACAGCAAACAUCUGGACGUAGCGGAGCUGGACGGCACCAAACGGAAGACGCUGUACUCUGGCAUCCCAGACCCUCGCGGACUGGCUGUCCAUCCUGGCAUCGGCUAUCUGUACUUCACUAGCUGGCACUUACAGGCUUUCAUCGGUAAAAUGGGAAUGGACGGUAGCAAUUUCACUCGUAUCCUGACCUAUGAGAACGAUAUUGCCUGGCCGAACGCUUUGACGAUUGAUUACUUCUCCGAGAGGAUCUUCUGGGCCGACGCUCAUCUAGACUACAUCGCAUCAGCUGAUUUGGAGGGUCGUCAUCGACACAUAGUAUUGUCUGGAGACAAGGUUCCUCAUGUGUUUGCCAUCUCACUGUUCGAGGAUUACAUCUACUGGACGGACUGGAACAUGAAGGCGGUGACGAGAGCCAACAAGUUCACAGGCCACGAGCUGCAAGUUCUGCGCAACACCACUCACCGUCCGUACGACAUCCAUGUGUUCCACCCCCUGAGGCAGCUGCCCUACCCCAACCCCUGUGGCGGAGACAACGGGGGCUGCUCACAUCUGUGCCUGCUCAUGCCUGUACCUGGAGUCGACGCUAGUCCUGACGGGUAUGAGGACACAAAGAUGCCAGUAAGCUACCGCUGUGCGUGUCCGAACCAGUUCAUCUUGUCUCAUGAUAACCACACUUGUCUCGCAAACUGCACAAACGGCCAACAUCGCUGUGGAGGAGACGACGAAAAAUGUAUUCCCUGGUUCUGGAAGUGUGAUGGGGAGAAGGAUUGUCGUGACGGAAGUGACGAGCCGACCACUUGUCCGCCUCGUAAGUGUCGCCCUGGAACCUUCCAGUGCGACAAUGACAAGUGUACGCCUUCGGCAAAUAUCUGUGACGGAAACAACGAUUGUGGUGACAAUUCUGACGAAAGGUUCUGCAAUCUUACCUGCCCAGACUUGGAGUUCAAAUGUAGAUCAAACGGCCGUUGUAUCUUAAACGCCUGGAAAUGUGAUGGUGACCCAGACUGUAAAGACGGUUCAGACGAAGAUCCUGAUAUUUGUCACCAUCGAGAGUGUGAUCCAGAAACGGAAUUCACUUGUAAGAACAAACGCUGCAUCGCCAAACUGUGGGUUUGCGACUUUGACAACGACUGCGGAGAUGACUCCGAUGAGCCUGCCUACAUGUGUCGUCAGAAGAACUGCACCACAGGAUGGCAGCGUUGUCCUGGCCGUACCAACUACCGAUGUAUUCCCAAGUGGCUGUUCUGCGAUGGCAAGGACGAUUGUAGAGAUAACAGUGACGAACUUCCACAACAUUGUCCUAAGUGCAACACAAACACAGACUUCCAGUGCAAGAAUAAUCGCUGCAUACCCAAACGUUGGCUGUGCGACUUUGAGAACGACUGCGGAGACUACUCAGACGAAGCAGAGGAAGUGUGCAAGGGGUCGUACCGAGCAUGCUCAGAGAGCGAACUGAGGUGCAACAACGGCAAAUGUAUCCCUACGCACUGGCGGUGCGACCAUGACGACGACUGCGGCGACGGAAGUGACGAGCUCAACUGCGGUGACUUCCAGUGCAAGAACGGAACAUUCCAAUGUGACAGCGGCCACUGCAUUGCUGCAUAUUUCCGCUGCGAUGGAGACAAAGACUGCCGAGACUUCAGUGACGAGAAGAACUGUCCACCGAGAUACCCCAACGGUCGUUACUGUCCAGAGAGCAAGUUCGAGUGCAACAACAGCAUCUGCAUAGAGAAAGACGAUAAAUGUGACAGCAUUGACGACUGCGGUGAUGGCUCUGACGAAGAUCCUGCCAUUUGUUCCACAGCGGUGUCAUGCAGCGGGCGAGGGCGUUAUCAGUGUGAGAACGGGCGAUGUGUCUCGAUGGACGUUGUCUGCAAUGGAGUUGACAACUGUGGCGACGCCAGCGACGAAAACAACCACACAUUGUGUCACGCGAUGGUUCCUCUCAGUCACUGCGAGUUCCGUUGCGACAACACUAACUGUGUUAGGGAUACUUUCGUCUGCAACUACGUGGACGACUGCGGCGACGGCUCUGAUGAGAAAGGAUGCCACUAUGAUGAGUUCUGUCCGCCUGUAAACCCCUUCGGCAACACUUCUGUUGGAGGUUGUGAACAUUUCUGCAAGAAUCUCACCAAGAGUUACAUUUGCAGCUGUUUCACUGGCUACGUCAUAGAUCCCAACAACCGCAAACGUUGCAUGGAUCUUGACGAGUGUCAACUAGACCUAGACAAGUGUUCACACCAUUGUACAAACCUCAAUGGAACCUUCAGCUGUUCAUGCCAGCCUGGCUUCACUCUGCAAGACAGCAUCAGUGGGGUGUGUCGUGCCAACAACCCUGAAGCAUCAGUGUUGUUUUCUAACGGCGAGGAGAUACGAGCUUACGAGACCUCUAAGAAGCGAGAAAUGGGCGUUAUCAGUCGAGAGAAGCACAUUGAGGCGAUAGACUUUGACCCGACUCUAGAAAUGGUCUACUGGGUGGACUCUAAGGACAGGAAGAUCAAGAGAUCGUACAUGGUCGGUGCUCGUGCAGGGGAGGUCAAGACCGGCUUCUCACAACCUCUCACUGGCAAAGGAAACUCUAAAUUGACAAGUAUAGCUGUAGACUGGGUUUCCCACAAUCUCUACUGGACAGAAACCGACCAAUCAGGAACCAAGCCUAAAGGUCGAGUCAUGGUGUCGAAAGAGGACGGUCGCUACAGACGAUCUCUCAUCGAUAUAGGUUUGGACCAGCCGACAUCCAUUGCUGUUGACCCGGAAUCCGGUCACAUGUUCUGGGCUGAUGCUGGAGCUGUACCCAAGAUUGAGUCCGGGUGGAUGGACGGGUCCAAGAGGAGACCCUUGGUUCUGGACAAGGUCCGACACCCGACGGGUCUGACCAUCGACUCCGGACUGGAACACCACUCACUCUACUGGGUUGAUACCAAGUUGAACACCAUCGAAACUAUCAGACAAGACGGAACUUUCAGAAGGGUCAUACUGAGAGGAGAAGCUCUUCAUCAUCCUUUAUCUUUGGAUAUCUUUGAAAAUCAUCUAUUCUUCACAACAAGGGAGAACGGAGAGUUAGUCAAACAAGACAAGUUUGGCCGAGGAAUUCCUGUUGUUAUUUCCAAAAAUCUGGUCAACCCAACAGGAGUUAAAGUUUACCACCCAGACAGAUACAACAGAUCGGUAGACGACCCUUGUCGCUCCGUGUUGUGUUCUCACCUGUGUCUGAUCGUGCCCGGAGGCCAUCGCUGCAGUUGUCCGGACAACGCAGUGCCUCGGCUGGGAGGAGAGACGUAUUGUGACGCAGCUUCGGAGCCCGAACUCCCGCUUCCCCGAGUGUGCCCGUGUCAGAACGGCGGAGUUUGCGAGGAGGACAUGAAGGGCGACCUCAAGUGCCGAUGUCCUCCGCAAGUGUUGGGAGAUCACUGUGAGGUGUACGCUGUCAAGGCACACUCUGGCAGCGGCAGCCACAUGGGGGUGUUCGCCAUCCCCUUCGUCAUCCUGCUAGUACUAGCCUCCGCAGGGGUGGCGUACUACGUCAUACGCAAGAGGCCGUUUGGCAAACCAGUUUUAGGGUUGGCCAACUCCCAAAGCGUAUCUUUCAGACAAGGAACAAACGUUGAGUUUGGUUCUCCUACGUUCUCCAGCAACGGACCUGGAGUUGAGCCUUUAGACGUAGAGUACAACUUGUCUGACAUUAGUAGUAAGAACAGAGACUUCAGUAACCCAAUGUACGACGCAUUAGACGGGACGGGGGGCAUUUACGAGGUGCCUGCCGACCUUAGCAAGGUGGUGCCUGUGAUAGAGCCGGCGUCUGCAGUUCUUGCGCCGUCCAGCGUGAUACAGCGGUCGUCGCCGCAGAUCACGGUCAGACAUCGGGACCUUGACCCCGUCACCUCCGACUCGGGCAAGGACACGCAGAAACUUGUCGAGGAAGACAAGUCGGACUGUUGAUAGUGGUACAUCGCGGGGCAGAUGACAGGCAGUUCUGUUUUGACUGUGUCAAAUUUUUACUACAGUUACGUUUUUUGUAGCUGUAAAGCCGAACGUGUUGUUUUAGCAAGGUUUAGUCCAUUUGACAUGGGUAAAUAUCCUCCAAAAUCAUAUUUUAGUUUUCUAAAUUGUAUAAAUAUUUACAUUGCAAUACUUCUUCUUAUGUUUCCCGAUAUAAGUACACAGAAUUGCCUGCGAUGCCUUGGACUAUAUUGUGUGAAACAUUAACGAUAGACUUAUAUUUCCUGACAUGAAGACUUAAAAAUGCCAUUUUAGAAAGCUUUUGAUUGAAGCCUGAGAGGGGUUGUGUAUGUAACUGACAAAAGCCGAUACGACUUCUAAAUGCUGGCCUUAUUAGGCACAAUAUUUUUCUAUGGUUUUACAAAGUAAAAAAUGAAUUGUAAAAAUAAAAUUUUGUUAUGUAUGAAAAUUGUACAUUCCAGUACAGUAGGUUGUUGUAAUCAUUCGCAGAGUUGUUGUGUAUAUUAGUAGAGUUUUAUUAAGGAAUUUGUAAGUAUUUUUACAGUAUUACAGUAUAAUCUGUCUUGUCUCUUUAAAUUAAUGAUUGUUAUGAUUAUCGAUCUGAUUCAGGCUUUUCAGAUAAAACAAGAAUUCAAACUUCAAACUUGGCAAAAAACAUAGUAGCUUGUAGAACUAUUGCAACUUUGUAAAUAAAUAUGAAAUUUAAUGACUGCAAUAUUUAUAUUUUUAUAGUAUUGUGUAAAUUUGGUGUAUAAAAUAUAGUUGAAAUCGUUGAUAGAUGCUAUUAACACAUUUGCUCUACUGCAGUGAAGAAAGAACUUUAUCUGAAAAGCCUAUCUAGAAACAUUCCAGUAUGCAACAUUCCAGUCACUUAAUCCUAAGGUGCUGCUUAAACUUGUUUUAUACGUUGUUGUUUGUAAUCUUAAAGUGAAAACCAUAUCAAUAUUUGAAAUUGUAAUUAAUCAUUUUGUUUGUUGGUUUUUAAGAAAUGUUUAACUAAAACCUUAUGGUUGUUUAUAGAUUAAUUUUGUUUUUAUCAGUUUUUGACCAUACCUCCGUCCAUCCAUUUCUUUCUCUUGUUGUUGUUAGUUGUUAUAGUCAAGUGGGGCACGACUCGCUGGUUUAGUUUAUCUAAAUCCCCUUGUUAUGUUUAAACUAAUUUUAUUAUUGUUGUUAUUAUCUGAAAACAGCCAAAAAGUUGUGAAGUCGUGUACUCUAAAGUUAUUUUAUAUUUUGGUUGGGGUCGGAGGCUCAGCAAUCUUUUUAUAUUGUGACAAAGAGUUUCUAUAUAGUUGUACAGUAUAAUAUAGUGAUUAUUUUAAUGUAAAAACAAUAAAAUAUUUUGUAAAAACUGA